UGGAUAGGCUCAGGGACACGGCUGGGAGGAGCCAUCUUAAGAGCGGGAAGGAUGCCGAAAUGCCACACGCGUCCGCCAUCUUGAUUGGGGGCAGGGUAUGGAAUGAACCGCAUCGGGAGCCAUCUUGAGUAAGGGCAAGAGCGCCAACGUGAACAUUGUGUUGUCAUCUUGCGCGGGGAGCGGCCGCCGCCAUCUUGGCUGCGGGCAAGGAAGCUGUCAGUCACCAUUUCGAGAAGCCCUGCAGGAAAGCUUGGACAAAUAGCAGCACUUCAGACUGAUCUCCUUCCAGCCCCAAGUUGUGCACCUUUAAUAAAGCAGCACAGAUCUGAGGCUCCUGUCCUAGGCUACGCUGUAUUGUAGGUGCUGCUCAGAUCCUUGCCUUCCCUCCCUCCUUAGACCGCAGUGUGAGGCUUCCUGAAGCAUCUCGAGUGACCCAGGAGGAGGUUCUGAGAGAAAAAGAAAGGAUAUUCAGCUGAAUUCCACACAAAAGGACACAGUGAGAAAAGAAACAGCACCAUGUUUGAGAGCAUCGCUGAUGAAGGCUGCAGCAAUGUCAGCUCGCUUUGCAAGGAUCUCUCCAACCUUGUCACCUGGGCACACACUCAUGGGACUAUAUGCAUUCAUAUCCCGGCCUUGGAAACUAAGCAGAACAUGGGUCAGCCUAGCAAGGACAAUUCUGUUCUGUGGAUUUGUGGAGCUGGACAUGCCUAUCACUGGACGUGUGAAGAUUUACACUUUGGAAACAAGAAUGAGGCUGCAGAAAAGAGAAAGAGGCAAACAUCCCUCGGGGCUCCAUCACAAGGUGCUGCUUUAGGUGAAAAGAGGAUCAGGAUAGCUUCGUCUUUUGAAAGGGCUAGAAGAGACAGUGGUGCCACAGGAUCACGUGGCACACCUGCAGGGAGCUCUCAGCAAAAAGAUACCAUCUGCAAAAUGUGUAAUGAACCACCAGCCAGAGAAAACCAAAGGAACAGCAAACCCAUGCAACCAGGCUCUGCAGCAGAGCAACAUUUGUCAAUAUCCACAGGCAAAAUCAGAACAGACCUCCAUGAGAUUAAGCUAGAAUACAGUGAAUGCAUCUCUGAAGAUGAUUAUGCAGUGAAUGCAGAAAACCAAGAAGAGAUAAUCGACCUGGAUAGUCUUUCGCAGUCAUUGCCUAAAGAUGUAGCUGCAGAGGUAGGUUUGCAAAUGUAUCCUGAUCAGAAGACAGAAAUUAACAAGCAGACAGCCACCUCUACAUCUGGCCUUACCCCCGUGACAGCACCUCACCCAACUCUUUGCUGUAUUCUAAAAUCUCCUGGAAGGGAUCUAAAGAUCCUGAAAAGCUGCUUCGUGAGUCUGGGUCCCCUUAAUCCCAUAGAGUUCGCAAGUGAAAAUUCUAGAGCGGGGGAUUCUGCUGGGUCAGCAACAGCGAAAGAAGAUUUAGAAUUGAUUCCUAUCUCCAACACUGAAGCAGAAGCCCAGCUAAAGCCACCUGCCUCUGUGCCGAGCUCUUCUGAGUCCAAUGGCUCAGGAACCUUAGACUUGAAUGGAAACGCCACCGAGGGCCCUGCGGAGGAGAGCAGGCUGUCAGGGGCUGAGCAGACCCCUCGUCCUUCAACCUCACUGAGCCAAGAAAGCAGGAAUGACAGCCAACCUCCUGAAUCUUCAAAAACCAACAAGCUGAGCAACAGAAACCGCAAUGCUGCCAACAUCAAGAUUUUCAGAGAUUGGUUGCAUGUGCACUGUCCUUCUGAAGCACGUGAGAUCUACGAGCUGCCACCCAAAGACCUCGAUAAUUACAUGGUCUUAUUCUUCACCUCUGCAAAGAAACAGAACGGCAUGGAUUUCUCCACUGGGUCUUUGCAGUACUUUCAGAACAGCAUAGACAGGUACCUCAAGGAUUACAGUUAUGAGUGCAGCGUGGUGAAAGGAUCCGAAUUCAGAGCAUCUCAGGAAGCCUUGAAACAGAGGUGUCAGCUUCUGUCUCAACGAGAGAGAGAUGAAAAGUGGUCUCUCUUGGAGAAACUGACGGAUGAGAAUGUGGAUCAUCUCCGGAGGGGGUUUGAAAUCCCACCUAUCGGUUCUGGGACUGAAAGGGGAAGCAGCAGAAGGGAACAAGCUGGAGGGAAGUCCUGCAAUGCUCCUGACCCUUCUGGUGUCACACGAGGACCCCAAGCAGCGCUCCAGCUCUACCCGACACACAAACUGCACCAAGUGAGAUAGAGAGAGAGCUACGACUUUAAUAAAUUAGCAAUAUAAACAGCAUCGAUACAUCACGUAUCACCGUGCCUCAGCAGAUCAACGACUCCAUCUGAAGCCUCCGUUUCCCCUCGAUUCUGCAUGUCAGCCCUGGGGCCUUUUCUUGGCCGUUACCUGAAAGCCUAAAACCACUCCAUUUAUUUUUAUAUAAGCCAGAAGCACAGCUUGCAAUGACAAGGACCUUCCAUCACCGUAUGAUUUCUCUCCACCCAGCCGUCUCCUUGCAGAAGUAAUUAAAACAAAAUGAUCGGAUCCUCCCCCCCUCCCCCCUUUAAAUAAAAACAAAGUAUUGCUUCACCUCAAAGGGAACAAGGUGAAAGCAAACACGGACGUGGAAUGGAUCGGAUCAGCUGUUCGGAUCUACACAGACCCCCCCACCCCCCUUGAAUGGAUCGGACCUGCACAGCCCCCAUCCCUCCACCCCCAUCAGUCGCUGUCGGUGCUCAGCUGCCCGCUCUCCCAGCGCUGCCCCAUAGCGCUCUGGUGCCGCACCACCCGCGUGCUCUCCACCACCUGCGGAAACAGAAUGGUUUUCUUUUAAUGAAGAAGCCUUUUAUUAUCAUUAUUAUUAAUUAUGUUGAACAGACGCCUCGCUUGCAGACAACCCUCCUAUUCCUCGGUCAAGUCCGCGCUCCGCUGCCCCCGCCCGGCGGAUGAGGGACGAGCAGGGGCGGACUCAGCGCACAGCCCCCCCCGGAGCCCCCCAGCACAGACAGGGCCGUACCUCCGUGUUGAUCCUGUCGAUGGGUUCGAUGCCCGCGUACUGAGAAAAGAGAGAAACAAAGGUUCAGCGCAUCGUGGGAAAAAGGGGGGAAGAGCGUUUCACACCAUCAAGGCACUCCCACCUCCCCACGCCUCACCUUGCCCUCCUCCUUCGUCCUCCUCCUCCUCUCUUCCGACGGGCUGCACCGCAACGAAUCGGGCCCGGAGCUCUCGGAGCAGCUGAGCCGCAGCGGGGUGAAGGAUGUCACCAGGCUCAGAACACCCGGCUGCUGCGGGGCCGGGACCGGAGAGACGGACACCGAAUAACUGCCGCUGGCACCCGAGGCGGCUGCGGAUAGAAAGAGACGCUGCAUGUAGAGCUCUGCAUUGUCCCUCCCUGUCCCUACACGGAGCCCCACAACCCGACGUGCCGGUCCCUAAGCGGACACCGUCGGACUCGCGGAGCGGGGCCGGCCGUGCUCUUACCCGAGCUGUGCCUCGAACGGGAGCUCUCCCUGGAGGUGCCGUCCCCGCCGUCCAUCAGCCGCCUCCUCCGCUGUUCUUGCAGCUCCUCCUCUCGCUGCAGAUCGCUUCGGAUCUCCUCCUCGAUCAACGCCGAGCGCUGCGGCCUCCACGUGCGCAGCGUGUACUGCUCGUCCCGGCCGUCGGGGCUCAGCUCCCUCCUCGUGCUCAUACCGUCGGAGAUGGAGAUACGGGGCUGCCAGAAGCUGAGGGCGAAGUGCUCCCUACGCAGGACGGGGCUCGGGGUGGAGCCGGGCAGCCUUCCUCCCGCUGAAUCCUCCCUUGUGCCGGCGGAAACGCGCUCGUAGGACCAGAGCUCAUCCCGGCCCCGUUGGUGCGGAGGUGUCACCGCAGAGCUGUACAGGGCCCUCCCGGUGCGGGUGCCGUCGUUAAGGCCGUCUCCGGGGCUCCGAGGCCGCUCGGACACCCUGCGGUUGGAGGACGGCGGCUGCUCGUCCUGCUCGAAAACCCUCCGGAGCUCGCCCAGCUCCUGCUGUGUGCCGCGGUCGUACAGCCCCGGCAGCCUGCCCUGCCUCCGCAGGUCUUCCUCGCGUUUUGUUUCCUUUUCUAUUUCCCGUUGGACGUUAAAGGAUGCUCGGCCUUUGUCCUUCCCUUUCCUUCCCUGUGCCGGGGAUGUGUGCAGGGACAGCAGUGGUUUGGUCUGGAUCUCCACCAGCUCGCUGCUGGAUGUGAGCCUCUGCAUGCCCCGCUCCUUCCAUAGGCUCUCCUCCCUCUCCAGUGCCCUCCGGAUCUCCCUCUCGAUGGGGGUCUCACCGCUGCCCUCCGCUGAGCCCCCACCAUCCUUCACAUCCCCGAGGCCGUUGGGGACAUCGCUGCCAUUGCUGCUGUAUCCAGCACUGUACAUCUCCCCCAGCCCUGAAUCCAGGUCAUCCCUGGACGAUGCUCUGGCCAGGCCGAGUGUUUUCCCCAUGGGAUGGGAGAUGUUGGUGUUACCCUUCCCGUGGCCAUAGCCCUCUUCCUUCCCCAAGGCCUGGUGCUGCACGUUGUACACCGUAUAGAUGCUCUGAUCCAUCCUGCCCUGUGUGGACCCCGUGGUGUCACCACGGCCCCUCUCAGCCCUUGUGAUGGUGUCAGGGCUGUGCCACUCCUGCCUGGAGGUUCUGACCGUCACCUCCGACCUUGGGGACGGGGUGUACCCUGGGCUGAGCAAAGCACCAGGGCUGCUCUUUUCCAGCAUGAGGAACUGCUGCCGUGCAGCCGAGAAGUUGAUCUGCUCCCUAUCGAUGCUGUCUGGGUCCACGGGUGUCACAGCCCGGCCUGGUGAAGCUUUAUCAAAGCAGAUGGCAAAGGCACCGGGGACGCCAGGGCUUUGCCCACUUGUGAUGGAGCUCAGCUCAUCCAUGGAGCUCCACUUCUCAGCCAUAGUGGAGCUCUUCCUCACCACCUGGCCCCGGAUCACCUCCCUCCUCUUAUCCUCCAACUCCUUUGCUUUUUCAGGGGAGAUGUUUAGGGUUUGCAGCCUAUAUGGAUCUGGCUCAUCAUCCUCAUACAUCUUAGAGGGCUUCUUCUCACCCCUGUAAGCCCUGAGGUCAUACAGGCUCCCCGACCUCACCACCUCCAGCUGGGACUCCCUGUCUGGGGAUGGGUUCCACACAUCCUUUCCACCCUCCAGGAAAUACGAGGGUGACUUCAGCCUGGUUCUCUGCUCGUAGCCGUUUUCCUUCUGGCUGCUGUAGCCAAAUACAUCAUCGUCUCCAUCUGUGGAUGCAUCGCCUUGAUGGUCGCGUGUGUGUGGGUACUGGAAGACCAUGUGCCGGGUGACCCUGUCCAUCUCCUGGUCUCUGUCAGCAUCCAAUGCUUUGCUGAGCUCUUCGUGGGGCUGCGUGGGCUCUGUGCUCACCUGGAGGUGUCCGGAGUGCAAAGUGAGAUCCUGCUGGCCCUGUAAAUAGGAGAAACAUCAGGCAGGGCACAUCAAUGAGCAACACAGCUCUCCCUGACCCAGAACUGCAGUGACUGAGCAACGCCCAUAGGCAGACACCAUCACAUGGAAUAACGAUGUUGUAAAAGUCUUUUGCUCCAUUGACCCACAAGUGGCAGCUCUUGAACCACUCCUAACGCAUGGGCUGCCAUGGGUACCAUUGGGUAUGUGGCCUCAUGGCUGGGAUAGGAACUGAUGACACCUUGCUGGGACUUUCUUGUCCAUUUAUAGGAAGGAAACUCCAAAUAACUGCCGUUAUUGAAACAGUAAAGAUAACCAAAAUGGUUUCAGGGCUCAUAAAAAUAAGAGACUUUAACCCAUGUGUCACACAUGGGAGUAAACACA